AUGCCAGCCUCAAAUUCUAGCGUAGAGCCCACGCUCUACGAAAUCCUCUCGCUCACCCCGAAGAGCCUUGAAGGCCAGGACCCACCCACUCAGACCAAAGCAGUAAAGCAAGCAUACCGCGCCGCCCUGCUCAAGCACCACCCGGACAAAAACCAGCAAGCCAAAUCGCAAUCCGAGGGCACCGCCAACUCAAAAACGGCAACCCACUACACUGUGGACCAAAUCACCCACGCAUAUACCGUUCUCAGCGACUCCAAGCAGCGCCGCGAAUACACGCGGUCCCUGCAGACUCGGACUCGCACCACUACCACCUCUAGUAGUACGCGUAAUGGUAAGACUACUACCCGUACCCAGUGCCACUCCUUCCAAACCGGCGUGGAGACCGUCGACCUGGACGAUCUGUCCUGGGAUGGUAAACGCGGCGUCUACUACUGGUCCUGCCGGUGCGGCAACCCACGGGGGUUCUGCUUCCGGGAGAUGGACCUGGAUGAGGUGGGUGAAGAAGGCGAGUUGAUGGUCGAGUGCGCGGGGUGCAGUCUCUGGCUCAAGGUGUUGUUUGAGGAGGUAGAAGACGACGAGGAUGCAGAGGGGACUGGGCAACAAGUCCAGAGUAGCAAUAGCAACUCGGGUGAGAAGGUGGUGCAACGCGGCAGCGCCGAGGGCAAGACAGGCGGAUGGAGCUGGAAGUUCAACUUCGGGAUUUCGAUUGGUGGGUCGGCGGGCAUCAAUGCGACGGCGGGGAGGUCGUAG